CGCCCGCGCCCAUGGCCGCCGCCGCCACCGAGGAGCCCUUCCCCUUCCACGGCCUCCUGCCCAAGAAGGAGACCGGGGCCGCCUCCUUCCUCUGCCGCUACCCGGAGUACGACGGGCGCGGGGUGCUCGUCGCCGUCCUGGACACCGGCGUGGACCCGGGGGCGCCGGGCAUGCAGGUUACAACGGACAGAAAACCAAAAAUCAUCGAUAUUAUCGACACAACGGGGAGUGGGGACGUGAACACGGCCACGGUGGUGGAGCCCAAGGACGGGGAGGUGGUCGGCCUGUCGGGGAGAGUGCUGAAGAUCCCUGCCAGUUGGACAAAUCCCUCCGGCAAAUACCAUAUUGGCAUAAAAAAUGGCUACGACUUUUACCCAAAGGCUCUCAAGGAGAGGAUACAGAAAGAACGGAAGGAAAAAAUCUGGGACCCUGUUCACAGAGUGGCCCUUGCAGAAGCCUGUAGAAAACAAGAAGAAUUUGAUGUUGCCAACAAUUGCCCUUCUCAAGCAAAUAAACUAAUCAAGGAGGAACUUCAAAGUCAAGUGGAGUUGCUAAAUUCUUUUGAGAAGAAGUACAGUGACCCCGGGCCCGUGUAUGACUGCUUGGUGUGGCACGACGGUGAAACCUGGAGAGCCUGCAUUGACUCAAAUGAAGACGGGGACUUGAGUAAAUCUACUGUACUGAGGAACUACAAGGAGGCCCAAGAAUAUGGUUCUUUCGGCACAGCGGAGAUGUUGAAUUACUCCGUGAACAUCUAUGACGACGGGAACCUGCUCUCCAUUGUGACCAGUGGAGGAGCGCACGGGACACACGUGGCCAGUAUAGCUGCGGGACAUUUUCCAGAGGAACCUGAGCGCAAUGGGGUUGCUCCUGGCGCUCAGAUUCUGUCCAUCAAGAUUGGUGACACCCGACUGAGCACAAUGGAGACGGGCACCGGCCUCAUCAGAGCCAUGAUAGAAGUUAUAAAUCAUAAGUGUGAUCUUGUCAACUACAGUUAUGGAGAAGCAACUCAUUGGCCAAAUUCUGGGAGGAUCUGCGAAGUCAUUAGUGAAGCGGUGUGGAAACAUAAUAUAAUUUAUGUGUCCAGCGCGGGGAACAACGGCCCGUGCCUCUCUACGGUUGGUUGUCCGGGCGGAACGACGUCAAGCGUAAUAGGUGUUGGUGCGUACGUUUCUCCCGACAUGAUGGUCGCUGAGUAUUCCCUGAGAGAGAAGUUACCCGCCAAUCAGUACACGUGGUCGUCUAGAGGGCCCAGCGCUGAUGGGGCCCUUGGAGUGAGUAUCAGUGCCCCCGGAGGAGCCAUUGCUUCUGUCCCAAACUGGACGUUGAGAGGGACUCAGCUCAUGAACGGGACAUCCAUGUCUUCUCCCAAUGCGUGUGGAGGCAUCGCCCUAGUACUUUCAGGUCUGAAAGCAAAUAAUGUUAACUACACGGUUCAUUCAGUCAGAAGAGCUCUGGAAAACACUGCAGUGAAGGCUGACAAUAUAGAAGUAUUUGCCCAAGGGCAUGGUAUCAUUCAGGUUGAUAAAGCAUAUGACUACCUCGUUCAGAAUACAUCAUUUGCUAAUAAAUUAGGUUUCACUGUUACUGUUGGAAAUAAUCGUGGCAUCUACCUCCGAGAUCCUGUUCAGGUGGCUGCCCCUUCAGAUCAUGGUGUUGGCAUUGAACCUGUAUUUCCAGAAAAUACCGAAAACUCUGAAAAAAUAUCCCUUCAGCUUCAUUUAGCUUUAACUUCAAAUUCAUCUUGGGUUCAGUGCCCCAGCCAUUUGGAACUCAUGAAUCAGUGUAGACACAUCAAUAUACGUGUGGAUCCCAGAGGCCUAAGAGAAGGAUUGCAUUACACAGAGGUGUGUGGCUACGAUAUAGCAUGCCCUAACGCCGGCCCUCUGUUCAGAGUUCCAAUCACCGCAGUUAUAGCAGCAAAAGUAAAUGAAUCAUCCCAUUACGAUCUAGCUUUUACAGACGUUCAUUUUAAACCUGGUCAAAUUCGAAGGCAUUUUAUUGAGGUUCCUGAGGGUGCAACGUGGGCUGAAGUUACAGUGUGUUCCUGUUCUUCCGAGGUGGCCGCCAAGUUUGUUCUUCAUGCAGUGCAGCUUGUGAAGCAGAGAGCCUACCGAAGUCACGAGUUCUAUAAGUUUUGUUCCCUUCCAGAAAAAGGCACACUGAUGGAAGCUUUUCCUGUCUUGGGUGGAAAGGCCAUUGAGUUUUGCAUUGCUCGCUGGUGGGCGAGUCUGAGUGACGUCAAUAUCGAUUAUACCAUUUCCUUCCAUGGGAUAGUGUGCACUGCCCCUCAGUUAAACAUUCAUGCAUCAGAAGGAAUCAACCGUUUUGAUGUUCAGUCAUCCUUGAAAUAUGAAGAUCUGGCUCCCUGCAUAACCCUGAAGAGCUGGGUUCAAACCCUACGCCCACUGAGUGCAAAAACAAAACCUUUAGGCUCGAGGGAUGUUUUGCCAAAUAACCGUCAACUUUACGAGAUGAUCCUGACCUAUAACUUUCAUCAACCCAAGAGUGGGGAAGUAACUCCAAGCUGCCCACUACUUUGUGAAUUAUUAUAUGAAUCAGAAUUUGACAGCCAACUCUGGAUUAUAUUUGACCAGAACAAAAGACAGAUGGGCUCGGGUGACGCCUACCCACACCAGUAUUCUUUGAAAUUGGAGAAAGGAGAUUAUACAAUUCGACUGCAGAUUCGUCACGAGCAAAUCAAUGAUUUGGAACGUCUCAAAGAUCUUCCGUUUAUCGUUUCUCAUAGGUUGUCUAAUACCUUGAGCUUAGAUAUCCAUGAGAAUCAUAGCCUCGCACUUCUAGGGAAAAAGAAAUCCAGCAGCUUGACGCUACCGCCCAAGUACAACCAGCCUUUCUUUGUUACCUCCUUACCUGACGACAAAAUCCCUAAAGGGGCAGGGCCCGGAUGCUACCUUGCAGGAUCCUUAACCUUGUCAAAGACCGAACUUGGGAAGAAAGCUGGGCAGUCUGCAGCAAAACGACAAGGAAAGUUUAAAAAGGAUGUGAUCCCUGUUCAUUACUACCUAAUCCCUGCACCAACAAAGACGAAGAAUGGCAGCAAAGACAAAGAAAAAGAUGCAGAAAAAGAGAAAGAUUUAAAAGAAGAGUUUACUGAAGCGUUACGGGACCUUAAAAUCCAGUGGAUGACGAAGCUGGACUCCAGCGACAUCUACAACGAGCUGAAGGACACGUACCCCAACUACCUGCCGCUCUACGUCGCGCGCCUGCACCAGCUGGACGCGGAGAAGGAGCGCCUGAAGCGGCUGAGCGAGAUCGUGGAGGCCGCGAACGCCGUCAUCGCGCACGUGGACCAGACGGCGCUGGCCGUGUUCCUGGCCAUGAAGACGGACCCCAGGCCCGACGCGGCGACGAUAAAAAAUGACAUGGACAAGCAGAAGUCUACCCUCGUCGAUGCCCUGUGUAGGAAAGGCUGCGCCCUGGCCGACCACCUGCUGCAGGCCCAGGACCAGGAGGGGGCUGUUUCGGGGGACACGGAGGGGAGAGAGGACGAAGGAGACAGUGUUCUGGAGUCCCUGACUGAGACUUUUUGGGAAACUACAAAAUGGACUGACCUUUUUGACAAUAAGGUUUUGACAUUCGCAUACAAGCAUGCAUUGGUAAAUAAAAUGUAUGGGAGAGGCCUUAAGUUUGCAACUAAACUUGUGGAAGAAAAGCCAACAAAAGAAAACUGGAAAAAUUGUAUUCAGCUGAUGAAGUUACUUGGGUGGACCCACUGUGCAUCUUUCACUGAAAACUGGCUCCCCAUCAUGUAUCCUCCUGACUACUGUGUAUUCUAAAUUAGGAACCAGACUUUACCUUUUACAAAAGAAAGUUUUAUAGUGAAUGGAUCUAAAAACAAAUUUGUGGCAUUUUUAGUCUAAUGCAUGUUUCAUCCACUAUCAAAUACUGAUUAUUAAAAUGAUGUGUAUUUAUCAGAGAAUUCGCUGGCGUGUGGCUUAAUACAUGUAAGGUUAGGCCUCUGGCAUCAUGGUGUUUUCUUAAUGCCUCCCGCUGCGGACACGGGCUGUGCCCUGACUGCCAGCUCCACGGACUCUCAUCUGGGUCGCAGCUGUUCAUGUGCAUGUGGGUUCUCAACAGUAACUUUUAACUGCAAACCUGUAAAAUUCUAUUUUUUAUUUUAUAAAUGAACAGGGUUUUAACAUGCUCGACUUUAAUUUUUUCAAAUUGUAUGAAGGCCUUAAAAAAGCUACAUUAAGCGUAGCUAAAAUUAUUUAUUGGACUAAAAAGUAACCGAACUUCAUUUCAGUUUUUUUGUUUUUGUUUUUGUUUUUUUUUUUUUUUUUGGCAAAAGUUUACAUUCAAUUGAGGGGAAAAAAUAAAAAACCGGCACAAAUAAAUGCGUGGCAGUUGCUGGAGCAUAAGUGCUUCCUUCUGUAGAUCCUCACAUCUUGGAGUUAUUUCAGGCCAAUCAUCUCUAGCAUCCUCUUGACGUGCAGCAUCUGAAUGAACUAAUCAUACAUGUGUGAGUGCCAGACAGCUAAAUAUUUAUCAGGUAUUGUAAAGAUACACAUAUGGUAUGUUUAUUGAAAGUUGAAAUAAUGUAAACACGUGAAUAAAUGUGCGAAAACCAAGAUCACAAUACACCAUAAUGCACUCUGAUACCUUAAUUUUUUUUAUAAAUAAUAAAAAUGAAUAUUGAACCUUCUUAAAGUUGGUCUUAGUUUUUCAUAAAGUUGGGGGUUAGAACAGAAAUGAUACAUUAAAUCCUUAGGCAAAAAAAUUCAACGUAUUAUGAGGUAAUUUAUUUUAUAAUGUUUCUGUAGGUUGCAAUUAUUUGGAUAUAUUUCCAAUUCUCAUGUGAUUAACUUUUAUGUAUGUUAACUUAUUAUUUUUAUGUUUCUGGCUACUAUCCUUGCUUCUCUAAUCCUGUCUCCAUGAAAUAAAAAGACACACAUAGACAAUAUUAAAAGACCUCUACGCACUUACGGCAAGCGUGUUUGUGU